AUUUGAUGACUAUGCUUGGGCUAUGAGUAGACAUCUAUAAAAUUUUCACUGACAGCCUAAAGUUAGCCUGGUUUUUGCCUAGAUGUCUGGGCUGAUGGUAUUUUAAACGCAAAAUUGCUUUCUGGGUAAUACAACAUUUAGUCAGAAACGCAAGUAAAUUACAUAUUUACGUAUUUUGUACAUGUUUGCUUUCAGAAUCGUGGAAGAAUCAUAGCUUAAAAAUACAUAGGCUAACAUAUCUGGGAUCUAACUAUACUAGUACUGUUUCUGAUAUUACAUUUUUUUCUGCAAUACUCAAGGGUCCCCCUUGAAACACAGAUAGUUUGGGCUAGUUUUGAGUAGCAAUUGGGCAGAUUUUGUUGUGAAACCUGGCAACCCUUGCCAUCAAGCAUGUAACUAUAUUAUUGCUAACAUAGCGAGACUCCUUGAAAAAUACAAUUGUGUAGUGUGUAUUACAGAGAAAAUAAUCACUUAAUCCAACGGAUAAGUCAAUAGACCAAAGCACUGUGAGGAAAGGGGGGGCGAGACUCAAAAUAUUCCUGCCCCCACCCCGGGAUAUCCGCCUAUGGACAGUAAUCAUCAUGUGAUUGUUAUUUCGUAAAUGACUCCCCUCAUACGUAGCCUAAGUGGGGAGGUCAACAAUAGGCCAUUGCUCAGUCUACACAGGCCUGCAUUGUAUAUAAAAAUACAUUGUAUUAUGAGCGCCUUGCACAAGAGCAAAUUGAAAUUUCAGUUUAGUGUGGGUUUCAUACAGAGUUGCUAGCGGGACAUGCUGAUAUAUUUAUAUGAGGAAAACCUUGUAUUUGUGUUUCACAGAGAAGCUACUGCAAACUAUGCUUAUGAGACAUUUUCAGUAUUCAGGAUUUCACAUGUUUAUAUAUCCUUGAAAAGAAAAGUUUUUGCAUUCUUUUGAUUAUUUUUCACGACAUUGUGAACAUGUUUAUCAUCAUUUGGCUAAUUGUGACAACUAGCUCCUAUAGUCUCUUCUCCAUUGUUUGAUUAACAUACAUACAGAACUAUGGUAUUUAGACAUCCACAUGAAAAUAUGGUUCUGUCAUAGUUUUGGUACUUUAUUGUUAGUGUGGUGUCUCUCCUGUGGUUCUGGCAGUCUUAUAUCUCAGUAGCAGGCCGCUUCAGUCCAUCUGUCUCAUCUGUGAGCAGCCAAUGCACACACUUGCACCCCAUCGUGUUAUCAGCUCUUCCCACUGUAUUUAACUGGAUUUAUUAGUAAGUCAUACCCAGAUUUUCAUUACAUUACAUUGAGGAGGAUGAAACGACAUCAGCUGUGUUUCUUCAAAACCUUCAUAUCUGAGUGAGAAGACAGGAUUUCCCUCAGAGAAUGAACAAAGAGCUCUUCUAGGAUGAAGAGAAAGGGUAGAGGAGGAAGAUAAGAAAGAAAGACACCCGAAGCAAGACUAAGCUAAAUAUCCGUGUGGUACGGGCCAGAGGAGAAGGAAAGAGGAGCCAUGUGGCAAGUUAGUUGUUCUUUAAAUCCUAAAGUACUCCCAGACGGGGUCCCUGCAUGGGUGACCAUGAAGAAAGAACUGGUUGGAGGAGUCAAAGGGAAGAGGAAGAUGUUCUCGUUUUCUUUACGAUGUCGGAUUGGAGUUAUCAGAGGAAGGGUUAAAGAUGAUGUCCCAUAUAGAAAGGGAAACAAAGAUACUGCAAGUGACAGCAGUGGGCUCAACAAGAGGAGUAGCAUUGCUGAUGAGCAGAGAGGUGUGACGACAGUGGAACUGAUUAAAAAAGAGGGCACCAGUCUCGGCCUCACGAUCUCCGGAGGUUGUGACAAGGACGGCAAGCCAAGAGUGUCGAACCUAAGACCAGGAGGUCUCGCGAUCCGGAGUGACCAACUCAAUGUUGGGGACUACAUAAAGUCAGUGAACGGCAUAAACCUGUCCAAACUAAGACAUGAGGAGAUCAUCAGCAUGCUGAAGAACAUCGGUGAGCGUGUGGUGCUGGAGGUGGAGUACGAGCUGCCGCCAUUCGCUCCCAGCAAUCCCUGCGGCAUCAUCUCUAAAACUAUCGAAGUGUGCUUGGAAAAAGAAGGAAACAGCUUUGGCUUUGUUCUGAGAGGGGGCUUUCAUGAGGACUGGCAUAAGGCUCGACCUCUAGUAGUGACCUACGUCAGGCCCGGCGGACCCGCGGACAGAGAGGGAACCCUGCGAGCGGGCGACCGUGUGUUGAGCGUGAACGGUGUUGCUGUGAACAGACAGAAACAUGCUGAUGCUCUGACCCUGAUCAUGCAGAGCAGCCAGGAGACUUUCUUCCUCAUUGAGUACGACAUCAUGGUCAUGGACUCCGUCCAGAAGUCGUCUGGGCCGCUGCAGGUGGACAUUGCCCGCUCCGCAGGUUCAGUACUGGGACUAAGUCUCACUACAUCCGUCUACAGGAACAAACAGGUCAUUACAGUCCAGAAAAUCAAACCUGCUAGUGUUGCUGACAGAUGUGGUGCUUUGCAUGUGGGAGAUAUUCUCUUGGCUAUAGAUGGCAUGAGCACAGAGCACUGCUCUCUGAUGGAGGCUCAGCAGCUCCUGUCCAGCUCCUCAGAGCUCACCAAACUAGAGAUCCUGCCCUCUCAGCACUGCUCACAUGACACAGUGCAUGUCCAGAGGAGUAUUCAGCAUCAGUGGGACUCCAGUGACAACUGCAUCAGUACUCCUCCACCUUUCCAAAAGACACCCUCGGCCUGGAGUCACACCACCCCUACACCCUCACACCGAUCUGUGACGUCUGGCAUCUCUGUAAACACAUCAGGCUUUCACAGUUACAGCUAUGGCACCCAGUCGACGAACCCCAACACCUAUCCCAGCAGCACCCUGCCCUCCUACCCGUCCAGCCCUCGCUGCACCCACACCAAGAGGAGACCAAGCAGAAGAGACCACAAGAGCUCCUUGUCUCUGGCGACGAGUACAGUGGGCGCUGGUGGUCAGGUGGUGCAUGUCGAAACCAGCGAGGUGCUUCUGAGAGGAGAUCCUCUUACUGGAUUCGGCCUGCAGUUACAGGGGGAAGUGUUUGCUACUGAACCGCUGUCAGCGCCUGCCUGUGUUCACUUUAUAGAGCCUGACACACCUGCUGAAAGGUGUGGGGUGUUACAAAUUGGAGACAGAAUUCUUUCCAUUAAUGGAAUUCUCACCGAGGAUGGAACACUGGAAGAAGCCAAUCAGCUGCUCCGAGAUGCAGCACUGGCCAAUAAGGUCAUACUGGAGGUGGAGUUUGAUGUUGCAGAAUCAGUGAUUCCCAGUAGUGGCACAUUUCAGGUUAAGUUGCCCAAGAGACGUGGAGUGGAGCUGGGCCUUACGAUCAGUGAAAGCAAGAAGCCAGGAAAACCUUUGAUCAUCUCGGAGAUACAGAGAGGCAGUAUUGCACAUAGAAUAGGAACCCUGGAGCCGGGUGAUCGCCUGCUGGGUAUUGAUAAUGUUCGGCUGGAUAAUUGUGGGAUGGAUGAGGCCAUGAUGGUCCUCCAGCAGGCCGAGGGGAUGGUCAAACUGCGGAUUCAGAAAGACGAAGACAACCUGGAUGAAUUAGAGUCGUCCGGUUCAGUCAUAUUCACAGUUGAACUCAAGAGACACGGAGGUCCUCUUGGAAUCACCAUUUCAGGCACUGAAGAGCCCUUCAACCCCAUCCUGAUCUCCAGUCUGACCCGCAACGGCCUGGCGCACAGGACUGGUGCUCUUCAUAUCGGUGACCGUGUUUUGGCCAUCAAUAACACGAGUCUCAAGGGAAAACCUCUGAGCGAGGCCAUCCACCUGCUGCAGACCGCCGGAGACACGGUUACACUCAAGAUCAAGAAGCGAUCUGAACCACUUUUGGAGUCGGACAGGAGCAGCCCGUCCAGGACGGCCUCGUGUGUCAGUGACAUGGAAGACGAUCGCUCAGAUUCUCUCAGGAGAGGAAAACACUCUGAACUUCAUCGCCCGACCACACCCCCCAGACUGGAUUCAGCCAUGGACUUGUGGGAUAGUUCGGCCUUAGAUCCCGGCUAUGGAAGUCAAGGUGUCUAUAUUCAUAAGGCGUCUGAUUUCACUCUUCAUCCCAAUGACUGGAGACAGACCAAUCACAGGAGCCCACUGAUCUCCAGAAGACACGCCCCCCGUCCUGCAGUGCAUGAUGGGAGGCUGGGUGAGGAGGAUUGGACAUACUCUGGAUCUGUCAGUCCUGCACGCUGUCACAAGCACAACAAUACAGACGCUCAGGAGAACUAUUGGUCACAAGCUCUUCAGGACCUGGAGACCUGCGGCCAAUCGGAAAUCUUGCGGGAACUUGAGGCUACUAUAAUGUCAGGUAGCACGCUCAGUUUAGGAGAAGACGGCGAGAAGCAGAAUGAAAGAAGGACCAAAGCUCUGGCAUUGAGCCCAGAGAGGACCUCAGAGAACACAGCUGUACCAGAAGACAUGCAGGACACCAGCCCAUCCAUGCCAUUAGAGCUUCAUAAGGUAAUGUUGACUUUCCCGGCGGUUGAAAUCACAACUGAAAGUCUGUCAGAUCAUCAUUGUCUCCCUCUGUCUCAGAUCUGUGUACAGAAGGAUGUUAACAGCAGGGAUUUUGGGUUCAGCAUGUCUGACAGUUUGCUGGAAAAGGGUGUUUAUGUGAACAUGAUCCGUCCGGACGGGCCUGCAGACCAAGCUGGGUUACGCUCAUAUGAUCGUAUCCUACAGGUCAAUCAUGCAAGGACACGUGAUUUUGACUGUUGUCUCGCCGUGCCAUUGAUCACAGAGGCCGGAGAGCAUCUGCAGCUGGUCAUUAGCAGAAACCCUCUCGCUCAGGCACAUGUUUGGCCACCUAAAAACUGUCAGGACCCAUCUGAACUGUCCGUGGUUUCUGCACAAAAUCCAAGAAGAAUUGACCUCUGAUGAGCAACACAAACAGAGCACAAUUUUCAAUUCUCUCUCUCAACUGCACAUUGGACACAUUAGCACUACUUUCUAACCAGUUAGGACCCACUACAGAUUUUUCAUGCUUUAAAAGAAAAAAUCAUCCUGCACAAAACAAGCCACAUUUUCAACGCUGAUUUGACCAUUCACAGUGGCACGCGACUUUCGUUUGUACACGUUCAUCUUCAUACAUGCCACUUUUGUUUGUAUUAUAAAUGAAAAACGGGCUCAUUUAGUUUCUGCUGCCAACGAGAACACUUUGAUGUUGAUGCAGGUUUUCACAAAACAGAGAAACCUCAAGCCAUCGGUUAAAAAUCUUCCUCUGACAUCAAAACCAUGACAGUUUGACAAUCUUUUUUUUUUUUUGGAUGAAAAGCUAAAAUUAAAAAAAAAAAAUUGAUGUCAUUUGUGUAUCAUAAGGCAUUUUAUGAGGAUUUUACAUCCUGAUACAAACCAGGAGUAAAUUCAGAUUUUAAGUCAAGUCCUUCAGAGGAGCUUGUUUUAAGUCUAAAUUUUAAAAGCAGAUCUGUCUUUGUAUAUUGUUUACCCACAAUCCUCUAUUCUGUGUAUAAACCCUUUUUCCUGGAUGUUAGAUAUGUAAUGCUAUGAAUAAGAUGUACAUUUAAUAUUUUUGGGUUAGAAAUGAUCAUUUCAUUUUUCAAGAGAAAUAAAGGAUAAAAACCAGAGUGUACGUAACUCUGUCU